AUGAUGAACGGCUGCGACACAAAGGCUUUGACGCUUGAUACAAUCAACCCUCACGUCAUUAAAAUUGAAUAUGCUGUACGCGGGCCCAUUGUACAGCGUGCAUUACAAAUAGAGGAAGAACUAAAAAAGGGGGCCAAAAAGAACUUCAAUGAAGUCAUUAAAUGCAAUAUUGGGGACUGCCAUGCGACAGGCCAACAUCCUUUGACAUUCUUCCGACAAGUUAUGGCUUUAUUGGCCUUCCCAGAACUGGCAAACGACGAUCGGUUUCCGGAUGACGUGAAGCAGCGGGCAUUUCGUAUACUCCACAGUUGUGGUGGAGGCAGCAUCGGUUCUUAUAGCAAUUCUCUUGGAAUACAGUGUAUUAGAGAAGAAGUAGCAGCUUACAUUGAACGGCGAGAUGGGAUUUCAGUUGACAGUAAUAAUGUGUUUCUGACAAGUGGAGCCACCGAGGCUAUUAAGAUUGAUUACUACUUAGACGAAUCACGUGAUUGGGCAUUGACGCGAGAAGAGUUGGAACGGGCUCUGCGGGCGGCCCACGGUAAAUGUGUACCGCGGGCACUGGUCGUUAUUAACCCCGGGAAUCCAACGGGCCAAGUGCUAUCUCGUAGUUGCAUGGAAGAUGUGAUUCGAUUUGCAUGCAAACAUCAUUUGGUGUUGUUGGCGGAUGAAGUGUACCAGUUCAAUGUAUACCAACCAAAGUCACAUCCGUGGAUCAGUUUCAAACGUGUUCUCCAUGAAAUGGGACCUCCUUAUGUUGGCCAACUGGAACUAGCGUCGUUUAUGUCUUGUAGCAAGGGAUUCAUGGGAGAAUGUGGUUUUCGUGGAGGCUAUUGUGAAUUGUCUAAUUUCGAUCCGGAUGUAAAAGCUCAGUUAUACAAGGCUCUUUCUGCACGUCUGUGUCCUCCAGUUAUCGGACAAGUAGGUUUAUAA